AUGGCGUUUCGUGGAAUUCUAAUUCUUAUCCUACUAGUGUUUGUAGCACAUCGAAUUUCGGCAAAGUCCAUCGUGUGUUACUACGCCUCCUGGUCGGCCUGGCGUCCAGGUCGGGCUGAAUUCCAGGUGGAGUACAUCAAUCCGCAUCUCUGUACGCAUCUACUGUACUCGUUUUUCGGCGUCGAUGACACCGGAAGGGUGACUGUACUUGAUCCAUGGUUGGACCUGGACGAUGGCUUGGGCAACAUCCGGCGGUUCAACGAGCUGCGAAACAUCAACCCGAGCCUGAAGACGCUGGCAUCGAUCGGUGGAGCAUCCGUCGAUUCGGCUCUGUUCUCUACGAUUGCCGCCAGCCCAACCCUGCGGACGACGUUCGCCCGGAACGUGCGUGAGUUCUGCCAACUGCAUCGAUUCGACGGCGCAGACAUUGACUGGGAAUAUCCCGGUUCGCACGAGGGAGAUAACGUGUUCUACGAUAAGGCGAACUUUGUGCUCAUGCUGGCCGAGCUGGCUCGGGAGCUGCACGGCCACGGGUUGUUGUUGAGUGCGGCGGUAGGUGCUAGCGAAUACAUUGCCGCCAGCGCGUACGACAUUCCGGGCGUUGCGUUCUACUCGGACUUUAUUAACCUGAUGGCGUACGACUUCAACGGGGCCUGGAACGACUGGACUGGCCACAAUGCGCCGUUGUAUGCCGGACCGUCGGACCAGAAUGACUUCCAGCGAACACUGAACGUGAACCACAGUGUCAACUACUGGAUCAGCCAGGGCGCACCGGCUGCCAAGCUGAUGCUCGGCGUUCCGACGUACGGACGCAGCUUCACGCUGGCCAACGCGGCGCAGAACUCGCUCCGAGCUCCUGCCAUCGGACCGGGCUAUGAAGGCCCGUACACGCAAAAUCCCGGCUAUCUGGCGUACCUUGAAGUGUGUGGUGAUUUCCUGCCCGGUACAGGCUGGACACGGGUUUGGGAGCCGGUACAACGGAUUCCUUACGGAUUCUUCGGCAACCAAUGGAUCGGUUACGAUGAUCAGGAAAGCUUUGCGGAGAAGUGCCGCUUCAUCAACGCCUACAACCUUGGCGGGGCGAUGCUGUGGGCGAUCGAUAUGGACGACUUCGCAGGGUACUGUGGCACAAACUUCGGUUUACUUCAAGUGCUCAACAAUUGUUUGUGA